CUCACGCGGCGCACCGCGCACCGCACCCCACAGAUUUGCUCAGUGGAUUUGGGGCUAUAACUCAUCACCCAGUGUAUUUUCCACACAUGGCAAGACAGACGUUGCCCAUCGAGUCACUCAUUGAGGCAACCACAAACGCCUUCCACGGCGACACGGCGGCACCCCACGGCACCACCCCGUCGCCCCGUGACCUGUCGCAUGGCGUUUUGUCUCAUGACAUCCUGGGCCACUCCACCAGUAUGGGCAUUACCCACACCUCCCUAACCAAUGGCUUUUUCGGGUCAUCCUUCAAGCUUCUCCGAGCUUGCAAUUUCUGCCGCAAGCGUAAAAUCAAGUGCACGGUGUUAACCAGCAAUUCCGUUUGUGAACACUGUAAAGAACACAACAGAGCCUGUAUUUUUGAUCACAAGGCAGUGAUCCGUGAACCACCCACAAGACGCAAGCAGCACAACUCGGUGUCAAAGAAGAAGGUCCAAAAUGACCCAAAGCCUCGGCGGAUUAUUACUGCCACCAGUGCCAUCGAUCGGUUUGAUGUUGCUCUUGCAUCCGGAACCGUAAACCGCCAUCUCUCGUCCUACACGGGGACUUUCUUGGACCAGAUCGAGCCUGUGGUCAUGGAACAAUAUAAUAAAGCGGUGGACGAGGACAAUGACGACGUUGAAGACGAGAGCCCGGUGGAAUCGUAUGCUAGAACCACCAAAAGAUUGGAAGACCCGACAACGUCACCGUUCGCGGUAUCGCCCCAGUCCUCGCUACGUCAGCUCUACACCGACCACAUCGAGCCGUAUACGCCGUUUCUCGCUCCCGAGGUGUUUGAAACAGAGCUCAGUCCGUUUGCAACCUGUUGUAUUAACAUCGCGGCCGUGCUGUCAUUAACCAACCGACUUCCUGGAUCGGCGGUCGAAUCGUUCCUCAGCGUGGUGCGGCACGAGCUCCAGCAUGGAGACAUGGUAUGGGACGUGGCCAAUCUCAGCUGUUUUUUCCUUCUCCCGUUAAGGACCAUCAUGCCCGCACAAGACAUUUGCCAUAGUCUUGAAGAAUUCAACCGGCUCUUGGCCCGCAAUCAAAGUCUCCCGGUGAACUUGAUGGCAGCGGCCGUGUGCGUGGAUGCAUGGUUUGCCCUCUGCAAGGCCCAGCCAUUGAUGACGAAUUCGUCUAUUUUCACCCGAUGCUGUGAUCUCUUCACCACUUUGGAUAUGAAAGACUUCAACUACCAGUUUCUCACGGUGACGGUGUUUGUGUAUAAGCUUAUCUGGCUCCAGCACGACACGGAGAUACCAUAUGAGGACAAGAAACAAGAGCUUCUACAGUUUGAAUUCAAUAUGUUGCUCUUCCCGGCCAAAUUGAGCAAAGGGUUAAUUGUGGUUAAAGACAAGCUUCUUUCGACGCCCGAGGCCUUCAUAUUACAUAUUCUCCACAACAUGCUCAUGAUUGCAUACUACUCGUUGGCGGUGACUCAAUGGGAAUUUGGGAACAUGACAUCCAUCAUGGCGGUACCUGGACUCUACCACUUUAUUUCGGGUAUGGCCAUUAGUAAUUUCAGGGUGCGGGAUGAAAUCGUGGGACGGUGGUGCAUCAUUGCCGACAGCCAGAUCUACACUGCCAAGCUCCUUGUUCAAUUGUAUCGAGUCAUGGAGUUUGAUACGUUUACGUUUGCAUUGCAGUUCUACACCUAUCGGCCCAAUAUCAGCUUUACAGCGCACGAGAGUCUGGAUAUCGACCGGAACGUGAAGGAGCUUUUGGACAACGCACUGGUCCGCGAACGGGAUGACGAUUUCGAUGGCGCCGUGGUGUUCUGGGUGUUCAGAGACGUCCGCAGCAUGUCUUUGCAAAUGUACCUUAAUGAGAAGCGACGCGGAUCGGAUGUGCGCUCCGACAUGAGCGAACACAAAACGUAGGCCCGUGCAUUUCGCCGACAGCACGUCACCGACAAUGGACCCCGCUUAUGCUGUGCCAAGUACGGUGGCCCACAGCCAAAUGCGGUGGCCCACAGCCAAAUGCGGUGAUGGAUGUUCGUAGUUAACAAAUCCGGGGAAGGGGCAUGCGUCGCGGCACUGGGUCGCACCCACACGGAGAAGUUGCCUAAUAGGGAAGAUGCCCGCAAUAUAAAUACUCCGCAAAUUCCUCAGUUGUGCGGUAAUG